AUGGCGUCCGUCGAGCAGCAAAGCAUCAGCUCCGGCUCCUUACAGGAGAAGGCGGACGUCGAGAAAGGUGCCGUCGAUGUACAGCAAGUUAACGAAUUCGAUGAUCCCAAUGUCGGCAAAGAUGCGGCUUAUUUCGAGGAGGACUCUCCCUAUCCCGAGGUCCGUUCUGCCGUUGCGAACACUGAUGAUCCAUCGAUUCCCGCGAACACGCUGCGGACGUGGGUCAUUGGUAUUAUUUGGGCAAUCAUCAUCCCCGGAGUGAAUCAAUUCUUCUUCUUCCGUUAUCCGUCCGUGAGCGUCGGAUCGUUUGUAGCGCAACUGAUAUCAUUUCCGAUGGGCCGUGCGUGGGCUAAGUUCAUGCCGAGAGUGAAAAUAUUCGGUGUUUCCGUCAAUCCAGGUCCAUUUACUGUCAAGGAACACGUCUUGAUCACGAUUAUGGCGGGCGUAGGAGCAGGCUCAGCGUAUGCUACUGACAUUGUAGCUGUCCAACGUGUCUAUUACAGUCAGACAUAUAAUUUCGGAUAUCAAUGGAUGGUGGUGAUGAGUACACAGCUUAUCGGCUUCUCGAUCGGGGGAAUACUGCGCCGUUUCCUUGUUCAACCCUCUUCUAUGAUCUGGCCUGCGAAUCUUGUCACUUGCGCGCUGUUCAACACACUUCACUCUCAGCAGUAUGCUGGCAUUGGUAAUCGUGGUGGCAUCAGCCGUGAACGGUUCUUCUUCUUCGUCUUCCUCGGAUCGUUCUGUUGGUAUUUUUUCCCGUACUACAUCUUCGCGGCUCUUUCGUAUUUCAACUGGGUGUGCUGGAUCGUUCCGAACAAUGUUGUGGUCAACCAACUGUUCGGUUAUAGCACUGGCCUGGGGAUGUCUCUGAUCACGUUUGACUGGGCACAAAUAUCAUACAUCGGCUCUCCCCUUGCUACUCCUUGGUGGGCCGAAGCGAACAUUGCUAUCGGCUUCGUCUUCUUCUUCUGGGUUCUCACACCCAUUCUCCAUUUCACCAACGUCUGGUAUAGCGCGUAUCUCCCGAUGUCUUCGCGUACCUCAUACGACCGUUUCGGCCAGAGCUAUAACGUCACGCGUAUCACCAAUGCCGAUGCGACUCUCAACUUAGAGCAGUACAAGCAGUACAGCCCCUUGUUCCUGUCGACGACUUUCGCAAUGUCCUAUGGUCUCUCCUUUGCUUCGAUCACGGCUACCAUUACACACACCAUUCUCUACUUCAGAAAGCAGAUCUGGGUGCAGUCCCGCCGAUCUAUGCAUGAGCAGCCCGAUAUCCACGCCCGUCUGAUGUCCAAGUAUCGUCAGGUACCUGAGUGGUGGUAUGCUGUCAUUCUAGUCGCUAUGUUUGUCUUUGGUGUCAUAUCGAUUGAGGUCUGGCACACUGACUUCCCGGUUUGGGCAUUCGUUCUGAGCCUCGUUAUCUCAUUCGCGUAUGUCGUUCCGAUCGGUAUGAUCCAAGCCAUCACCAACCAGCAGAUCGGUUUGAAUGUCAUUACGGAGCUGAUCAUUGGAUAUGCCCUCCCUGGAAGGCCUAUUGCCAUGAUGAUGUUCAAGACCUGGGGUUACAUAACCAUGGCACAAGCGCUCCAGUUUGCAUCUGACUUCAAGCUUGGCCAUUACAUGAAGAUUGCGCCCCGUCCGAUGUUCUGGUCGCAGGUUGUCGCUACUGUGAUUGCGGGAACGGUCCAGCUUGGCGUACAGGCUUGGAUGUUCACUAACAUCCACGACAUGUGUUCGCCCACGCAGUCAGACAGCUUCAUUUGCCCUUCGACUGAGGUAUUCGGCACCGCAUCCAUCAUCUGGGGUGUCAUCGGACCCGUCAGGCAGUUCUCAAGUGGUCAGAUAUACUACGGUCUCGUGUUCUUCUUCCUGGUGGGCGCUUUGUGUCCCUUGGGGGGAUACCUGAUCAGCCUCAAGUGGCCGAAUUCGUUCAUGAAGUACAUUAACUUCCCCGUUAUCUUCAGCGGAACGGGUGCGAUUCCGCCAGCCAGCGCCGUCAACUACGUUCCUUGGGCCAUCGUCGGUUUCAUCUUCAACUACGUUAUUCGCAGGCGCCACUUUUCCUGGUGGACGAAGUACAACUACGUCCUGUCUGCAGGUUUGGACUCUGGGGUCGCCGUCUCCGUCAUCGUCAUCUUCUUCGCGCUGCAGUAUCCGAAGAACGGUACAAUCGGACUAAACACCAUCCAGAAGUGGUGGGGCAAUACCGUAUCGUUCACGAACGCGGACGGUCUCGGGACCCCUUACUUACCCCUCCCUUCUAGUGGGGCUUUCGGACCGGGCACUUGGUAA